AUGGGCCAUACGACUAUUCCCCCACAUCUCAUCGCCCUCCUCUCUUCUCCCCAGACCCCCACAAGCUACGCCACAGACGCCUUGGAAGAAUGGAUCCUCCACAGGCGGGCAAAGGGCGAUAAUCUCUUCGAGACCUCCGUCGGGCUAGUAGAGCUCGAAGACCGGACACCGCCGCACCUGACCUAUGCAUUCGACCGGGCGAGUUAUCUCACCAAUGUACCCCACAUCAGCGACCUCUCGCCACCCACCGGCCCCUUCCCGCUCUCGCGCUCUGCGUCUACAUCUACAAUCCUCGCCCACCUCUUGUCCAGCCCGCCCCCGACCAUCCAGCAUUCCCGAGAAGUCAUUCUCGAGUAUACGCUGGCCAGGGAGACCAAACUGCGAGAGAAGAAAUCGGGGAGGGCCGGCAAGGGGACUCUGGGGCGGGAGGCAUUCGAGGAUAUCGCAAAGCGGAUGGGAGAGAUCGAAGACGGUCUGCGGCAAAACUCUUCCGACAGUCCCAGGCGAGGAUCUGUACCGCUCCGCGAUGCCUAUCCUUCGCCCCGGUCCUCUCAGGGGAUCCCAGAGCUGAGCGAGAACCAACAAAUCGGCUUGACACUCAUACUGUCUCUGCGCAUGUCUCUCUCGUACUUUACGCUGCAAGAACUUGCCGACCAGCUCCUAAAGCUCGCCCUAGGGGACGCUGAGCGAAUGCUUGUUCAGCAUAUACGGCGAAGGGUUCCAGGAGAAGGUCGCUGGGGUGUCGGAAAAGAGCUCGAGUUUGUGGAGGGUCUGACGUUAAAUCGCCGACCCGCACUCCGCCCCGCCUUCCGCUCAGCCAAAGCGCGCACUCUCCUCCCGCCCAAGGCCGUCUACCCCGUCUCGCUCCCUGCGCCGUCCAAGUCGCAGUGCAUCAAACACAUCCAGGCCCUCGUCAAGGAAGUCGAGACGAGCGGGCCCGAUGCCGCCGCUGCGUCUCUCCAGUCGCACGCCCCUGCCGGAGCCGCUAUUGGCUCGCCGGGAUUCACCGUCAAGAGAGCCAUGGGCAGCCCGACUCCUGCCUUUUCCCGCGAAGGUACCCCAGUCACAAGCCUUGCUUUGCCUCCCGUCCAAUUCCCCACCGCCCGACGAACAGAGUCCGACCCAACUAUCAUCUCCAACUAUGUCCACGAAAUCAUCUCCGAGUUUAUCACCCGUGAAAAACGAGAUUAUAUGCUCAAGUCGAAAUGGUCCAAGACAGGGCGGGCUCAGUUGAGCAAGGACCUGGGAGAUAUCGAGUCGGCUUUGUGUCUUGCCAGCAAAAAUGCGGCUUCGCCCCUUGCCCCAACUCUGAUCUCCACCUUUCUCAUACUCCGCCGCACAUUCUUCCUCCCUCCGUCUCCUCUUCCCCAGUCGAUCGCCGAGCCGUACCUCGACAUUCUUCCCGCUCCGCCUGACGCCGACGAUGUCGCUUUCCGCGAGCCUACUGUCAGUUCGACCACCGCGGCAUUAUAUGUCAACCCGCGUCUAGAUGACGAGAGGGCGUACGACGUGAUGGAAGAGCUGGUCGAGUUUGAAAAGGAAAAAGUCGAGGGAGCAGGGGGAUCGGAGGAAAGUAUGGUGGGAUGGGCUAUGGAGCAACUGGAAGCGGUGCAGAAGAGGUUCCCCGACGGAUCAUAUGCCGCGACGUUUGCCCGCGUCAAACAGUCCCUCGUCAAACCCCCUUCGCCCGUGUCAUCGACAUCUAUCGCAUUUGCGCCUUCUCCCACCUCUUCCGUUCACCGCCGUACCCGUUCUCACGCCUUCCCUGACGCACAGUAUAGCGCAAACACUGGAAGCCCGGUGGCUGUGGGUGUGCUCAAGGCUCAGCAUACCAGAAGCCGGAGUAUGCCAGGCCGGAAGGGUACGUAUGAUGAAGAGAAUGAAGAGGAAGCGAACGCGUCCUACCAGCAGCCAGCCCAGGUGCCGACACCAGAGACUCAAUCAGCAGAAUCUUCUCCACCUCGAGUAGGAUCUAUUGUCACCGAACUUCCCCAGCUCCCGCCUCUUGUCAUCACGCCUCUCCAGAUGGACGCCCGCCGCGCCUCUGGAGUGUCUACUGUACCCACUUCUGCUGGCGGGUCAGCUGGAGGCGGGUGGUGGGAUGUCAUUUCGGCGGUGGGCAAAGAAGAUCGGAGUGGAUCACCAGCGCCGUGGGAUGAAAGUUCGGACAAGCGGUCAAACGGAAUGACACACUCUUCUUCCGGAUACUUGUCCAACCCGGGGAGUGUGGGUGCUCCCGGGCUGAGAGAGUCUUCUAGCCACGGUAGUCUUGCUUUGGGAAAUAGGACGAAUAUUGAGGGCCCUUUGCCGCCUGGCGCUGAGGUUGCGAGACUGCCAGGAGCGCCGGCCGUACCAGAUUUCACAAGACCCAUGAUGUCGCUCGAUCUGAACUCGCCCGAAUCAUCCCCCAAAUCGAUAUCUCCCCCGUCAAAGACGGAUAGAGGCUUGUACGCGUCUCAAAAUGAGGAUGUGAGAGCGUCGCCUGGCAUACCGCAUGCGCUCUCUUCGCCGCCUCGUGUUGGCCACCCGUCGUAUGACCAAGACCGCGAGCGCUUACCACCGCCUCCUCCUCUGAGAUUCGACCAACCUCGAGGCACUACUCUGGGAAGCAGCAGCAACAUCUCUUCUCCUUCGAUGUCAAGCGCGACACCUACACCUACAGGGAUGCAAGCUCCCAGACUAUCUCCUGCGCCAUUCUAUCCUACUUCUAGAGGCACAUCGCCGGUAUUGGCUCCCACGACGGCGACGGGCCCUUCCCCGCCCGCGCCUUCUGGGUCAUCUAUAGCCUUUGCCCAUCCGCCCGACGUCCCAAAGUCGUCGCCCUCUCCUCCAACGCCGUCUACUACCCCACCCGUCAAGGCUUCCAAGCUUGGUACAUUUGGGAGGACAAUGUCGUUGGCCAGGAGCAAGUCCAAGAAGGAGAAGGCGGAGAAGGAGAAGGAGAAGGAGAAGGAGAGGGAGAAGGAGAGGGAGAAGGAGAAGGAGAGGGUCAUGAACGAUCCAAAGAGGUGGAAUCGAAGCGCCGUACAGAAUAUAAUGGGGCCUCCUGCUCGCUGA